GAAGCAGUCUCAGCUUUAAACUGUGAAAACUGGUAUGCAUGGACCAUUUACAACCAUUAGUCCCUUUGGUGCGUUUGACUCCAAUAGCCUGGAGUUCUCUACUCUAUGAAUGCGCUACUGCUACUGCAGAUCAGGAGGGCUUUCUGAUAGGGUCUCGCGUCAAGCGGACUACUAGCACUGUCAACGAUAGCUCGGACGAAACUGUAGAGCAUUGUGAGGAUUUUACCAUUGUAAGAGGGUAUCAACUGUUAUCUCGAGCCCAUGAUCGACCCUAUAAUGCGUUGGGCCAGUUCGAUGAGGACCUGUUAUUUCCACAAAUCGAAAACUUGGAUCGUAGUCAUAUAGUGGGUUACUUUCGAUUUCGGAGGCAGACAUUGCAGAUCCCAUCACAGCGCGAAAGAGCUAUGAUGUUGAGCUUAGUGAAAUUGCUGCCAGCCUGUACACUGUUUACACUAUUUACCUCGUCUCUCGUGAGCGAGAGCGGCGAAACGCACUGCUACUCUUGCUCAAUGUGGCAAGUCACUGACAUGGAUCCUCAUUGCAAUAUGACCAAAGUUUCAACUGAAAUCGUGAAUAUGAUGGAAAAUACCCUGCGGUACAAAGAAUUUAUAUCUAACAGCGGGUCAACUGUCGAACCAAGUCCUUUAGAGAUGAAAAUGGCGAAGACGAUAGAUACCAAACUAAUUGUCAAGCAGUAUGACGACGUGUACAAAGAGGCGGUAAAUCAACUGCAGGAAGCGACAAAGAAACUGUUGGAAAGUGAAAAGCGGCUGGCUAGUUUGCGAAGAGCAGUGGAGCUUGCGAACGAAGAAGAUGACACAGAUGACGAAGCCAGCGAUCUCAUGGAUUCUGUCGUCUAUACACCCACUUUACAAUCCCCACACGUCUCUGAUGGCCAUCAAAGUGGCGAUAUGAUUGAUUUGUUAAGCUGAUAACUUUCGCUUCGAAAUUCCCCCACUUCAGGCAACAUGUAAUAUCCAUCAAAUGUUAAUUAUAAUUUUACUUUUUCUUUUUUUUUCGAAGUGGAAAGGAAGCAUGGGUUGUGAGCACGGUUUGAAGACCUUGAUUCUAUGGCAAUUGUACAUAUUGAAAGAGAAAAAGGAAUAAAAAGAAGAAAAUUGAAAACAUUCCACUGUUGAUUAUAAACAGCAUAUCCACGUUUGCUAGAAAAUAUUCCUUUUCCCAGUGGAUAGUCAG